UGGGGUGGCUGUGAUCGCCCUUGCUUGGACAGAAGCCUCUUGCAGACAGCCGGUGUCUCACAGAGGAGGCACUGUGGAGGUGGCCGGGUUCCCCAAGACUGUGGAGAAGGUGGUAGGGGUGCAGAUGUUCUGGCCAAAAGCCCUGUGUGAGGACAGCUGGAGACAGUGGGGACCGAGCUGCAUGCAGGACGCAGGUGCUUGCAGGAGCCUGGCAGCCGCCUGCAAGGGUCUUGGUUAGGGGACAGCUGGGGCCUCCCUGGGGUCUGAGUGCAAACAGGAGAACCCAGCUCUGCGCAGGGCCUCUCCACACAGCCUCCCGGGCCCCUCAGGCAUGUGCUGAGUGACAGUGUCACCAGUAAGAGGCGUUCUUUCUUUUGGAGGUGAGUUCAUUUAUUUAUUUUUGAGACAGAGUCUCGCUCUGUUGCCCAGGCUGGAGUGCAGUGGCACGAUCUCGGCUCACUGCAACCUCUGCCUCCUGGGUUCAAGCAAUUCUCCUGUCUCAGCCUCCCGAGUAGCUGGGACUACAGGUGCCCGCUGCCAAACUCCUGACCUCAGGUGAUCCAUCUGCCUCAGCUUCCCAAAGUGCUGGGAUUACCAGGCGUGAGCCACCGCACCCGGCCGUGAGUUUAUCUUUGCUAAUUUAUCAUUCGCAGUUUAACCCUAAAGCCCUUGUAAUGGUUCUCAUCUCUAGGUUGAACGUUGAUCACCCGAGAGACUUGGCUUCUCUUCAGCCUUAGCUGUGUAAGGAUAAAGGACGUCCUCAGGCCUGGGAUCAUGUGUGUGCAUUCAGUUGGGAGCCAGCUGGUUCUUGUGUAGGCUGGGGCUAGAGACAUCUGGCUGGAGGUCAUGGCUGGCCCAGAGGGUGUGGGUGGACAGUCGUUGAGGCCUGCGGAGGGGGGAGGAGGGCACUGUCAUGUGGGCUGAGGAGGCUGCUGGAGAGCAGCUGUCCCUGGAUGUUCCUUGUGAGAGGGGAGCCCUGGAGGGUCCCAGCCUGUCUUGUGGUACCGAUGGCAGGGCCUGUGGUGGUGGUCAGUCACUGACCCACAGCUCUGCCCACCUGCACAUGGGGGCCUGUGCUAGGCCUUGUGGUCUGCCUGCCCUGCUCCUGUCGAGUGAGAAUGGCUGGGGUGGGAGAUCCCUGCCUGCAUGUGGGGCGGUCCUGGUAGACCAGAAUGUGGGUGUGGGUCCCCCUUCCCUGUGGUUCUGGGGACCUUGAGGACAUGGUCAGUCCCGGGCAAGGGACCUGCCACCCCUGUAUGGGGUCAGGAACUGCUGGUUGGUCUCUGCUGGGCAGGCAACCUGGGGUCCAGCUCAAAUCGUUGGAAUGUGGAAGUCAUUCCUCUCGCCCCAUCCUGAGGAGCAGCUGCAGGAGCUUCAUGAGUGUUUUCAUUGGAACUUGUGGAGGAGUUUCCUUUGAUCCCUCGUGGAGAGAUGGAAGCAUGAGGGAGCCCUCAACAUUUAUUCUGAAGAUGAAGAGAGUCCUGCAGCUUUUUGGAGUUUGUGAAGUCAGCCCGGCCCUGUAGAGAUGUGGAAACCGAGGCCUAGGAAGUUUGUAAGCCAGCCCGGCCCUGUACAGAUGUGGAAACCCAGGCCUAGGAAGGAAGCCCUUCUCUGACCUCAGAGCUGAAAUGGCCAGUGCUGGGUGGGCAUUGAGGGGUCACACAGAAAAGAAUGUUUCAGGCCAUGUUCAGGGGAUACUUCCUGCAGGGCCCUUGGGAAGUUCCAGAGUGCUUACAUUGUCUAUGUGUGAGUGUCUCCUCUUUCUGGCCUGUGGGGGGGUUUUCUCAAAUGCUUUGAGUUGGCCAAACCACAGUUGUGCGCCACUUAACAGCGCGGAUACAUUCUGAGAAAAACCUUGUUAGGUGAUGUCGUCUUGCAAACAUUCAAGAGUGCAUUUACACAAGGCUGGCAGGCACGGCCUCCUGCACCCCCAGGCUGUGUGCCCGGGUGCCAGAGUCUGGGGCUCCUGGGCUGCAGACCUGCACAGCCUGUCACAGCAUUUAAAUCACAUCCAAACACGGAAAAGGCAAAAACGUAAAGAUGCAGUGUUACAAUCCUAGGGGACUCCUGUCACCUGUGUGGUCUGUUCUUGACUAUUGUGUGAGUCACUGACUUUUCCCCCUGGGAAACUACCUUAACUUGUCUUCAACUGAAAUUUUUUCAGCCUGCAAAGAUGAGUUGUGCCUCAGAGGUUGCUCGUGUUCUGAGGUGUCUCUUCACCACUGCCUGUCAGGCUGCUAACCAGAGUGCCCCAGACCACAGCAGAAGCGAUAGCAGCCAAGGAUCGGGGGAGCCCACCCUGCUCAUGGGUAUCUUUACAGCAGGCAGCAGAGUAACAGCCUCAGACUUACCUCUUCAGCCAGAGACCCCUCAGCCCAGGAGGAGUGAGGCCGGGCCAGCAGCGGGGGCCCGGGAAGCCCCAUGUCUUGGGACCUGCUGGGGCAGGGCCCCCCGGAUGUCAGGCUGCAGGUCCGGCAGCUGGGGAGGGGAUGAGGGCCUCCCACCAGCUCUGCCCAUCAGCCAGAUCCCUGGGAGAGGCAGCACUUGCUGGCCACAGAGUUGGCCCCAGUCUCACCUGGCUCCCCUCCCCCAGCAGCUGGGCCCUGCACCGCCCCAGCCCACGCGGCGCCUCACCCCUCCUUGACAGAACAGUAUCUCUGGGACCGACAAGUUCAUCCAAGACCCACAGUAGCCCUGGAUCCCCUGGGAGAGGUGGCUGCUCAGCUCCAGGGCCAGGUUAACUGAAGUGAUAGGGAGUGCAGAGAGGGAGGGGGCAGGGCUGGGAUUGCGUGGCCUCUCCUUCCCUCUCCUGCUCCCUCCCUCAGCUUGGAGGAGCCAACUUCAAAAGCCUCCGCCUGGCCUGCCCCUCUGCAGUCCUCCAGGCAGCCUGUCCAGGGAAGCGGUUGGCUGGUGUUGGACCUGGUGCGGCAGUGCACACCCUGCCCAAGGACCCCAGGAUCAUGUGCGUGGCCUGCUGGCGGGAGUGAGGGAGGGCAAGACCCUGAAAGGCCCAUGGUACCCCCUAAGCCUGCACUCUGGGCGCUCCUGCUGGCGCUGCUGGGGACCGCGCCAAGCCGCGCCUAUUCCCCGGCCUGCAGCGUCCCCGACGUGCUCCGCCACUAUCGCGCCAUCAUCUUCGAGGAUCUGCAGGCUGCCGUGAAGUGGGGCGGGGCGGGGGCCGAAAAGACCAGGCCAGGCUCCAGACACUUUCAUUUCAUACAGAAAAACCUGACUAGACCCGGGAGCUCGGGACGGCGGGGACGGCCUCGGGCCUCCUGUGGAGCCCAGAAGGAGCACAGUAUCCUCCUGUCCAUCUCGUCCCUGGGUCGGACCCUGCGCGGGGCGGUGGCCGGGGGCCGCCGCGGGGCCCUGGAGAGAGCUGCUUGGACCGUGGCUGUGCGCACCGAGGCGGUGAUGCGGCGCCACUGCAGGACGCUGCGCCAGCGGAGCCGGCGGCCCAAGAUGCGCCCUGCCCGGCGUCGCGGCGGCCGAAGGCAGCUCCUGCUGCGCGCCCUGGACGCCGUCGCCACCUGCUGGGAGAAGCUCUUCGCGCUGCGCGCCCCGGCCUCCAGGGACUCCUAGCGCGGCCCGUCCUGGCCCUGCCUCCAGCGCCCUGCGCGGGGAGGAGAACCAGCGGGGCCGCGGCAGAGCCUGGAGACGCGCCUCGUUUUGUAGACUUGUUGGUGACCUCGGCCCCUCGCUCGACGCAGCCCGCGCUCCCCGGAGGGCCCAGGACUUGGAGAAGGGAGCGCGCCUGGUCGCCGCUGGGUCACGGAGGAGGCCCGCCCUCCACACGCCGAAGGCCUCAAUAAACGGAGCUGGCGCUGCGGGUCCGGCA